UUUACAGGACAGAUAUUUACAAAGGCAAGCCCUAGCAAUCAUAAAGUCAUUCCUGUGUACGUAGGAGUGAAUAUAAAAGGACUUCAUCUCCUCAACAUGGAAACUAAGGUUCAGAGGAAAAAAAAUUAAACAUGAAAAUUAAAAUCAAGUUACAAUCUUGUAAUGAUAUAAAACGUAUCUGCAAAUAAGAUGUCUGAAGAAGAGGAUACUUCAGAAGAGCUAGAGGAUGUCAGUAGUCAAUUUAGUCAAGAAUCUAGAUCACAGUCAACUGAAGAGCCUGAAUUUAUUAAUGAAACAUCAGUUUCAUUAAAUGAAAGCUCUGAUAACCUGGAAGAGAAACUUUCCAACCAGAGCUUUGAAACACCUCCUAGAAAGGAUACACUAGAUUCCACAACUUCCUCUGAAAAUAAGUCUGAGACAAAUGAAGAACUAAAAAAAAAGCUUCAAGUUUCUGAAACAAGUACUAGAGAUGGCAGCUCAGAGUCAAAAACAGAAAUUUUACAAAGUCUAUCAUUAUCAAUAACUGAGGCAACUGAAGAAUAUCAGUCUUUUUUUAACCACCUACCUCUUGACACAUUAGGAAAAAGUAGUGCAAACCUCCCUGAAGAAAAUGAGAAAGAAACUGACUUAGAGUCAGAUAACUUUACAGUUAACCUUGAGGCCAAAGAUUUACAAGAAUUCCCUAAUGAUAUUUUAAAAGUCAAAUAUGUGAAGUAUUUAUAUUUAGACAAGAACCAAAUAAAAACUUUUCAAGUAGACUCAAGUGAUCUGUUAGGACUUGAAAUUCUAUCCUUGAAAGAAAAUAAGAUAUCAUCACUUCCAUCUGAAAUUCCUGUACUUUCUAAUUUAAGGAUAUUAAAUGUUAGUCACAACCAAAUAUCACACAUCCCUAAAGAAAUAUCGCAGCUUGGGAAUAUCAGGCAACUCUUUUUUAAUAACAAUUAUAUUGAGAGUUUUCCUCCUGGCUUAGAAAAUCUUGGAAACUUAGAAAUUUUAAAUUUGGCUAAAAAUAAGUUAAAACACAUACCAGAAACUAUAUAUAAUUUGAAAAACUUGAGGAUUCUCAGUUUGGAAUAUAAUCAGUUAACUAUAUUUCCUAAAGCUCUGUGCUUCCUUCCAAAGUUAAUUUCACUAAACCUUAAUGGAAACCUGAUAAGGAGUUUGCCAAAAGAAAUUGAAGAGCUUAAAAAUUUAGAAAGCCUUUCACUUGAUCACAAUAACCUUACCUUUUUGGCUGUGGAAAUUUUUCAAUUGCUCAAAAUGAAAGAACUCCACUUGGCCAACAAUAAAUUGGAAGUUAUUUCAUACAAAAUUGGGAAUUUCAAGGAACUCAGGAUUCUUACACUGGAUAAAAACUUAUUGAAAGAAGUAUCAGAGAAAAUUUCCCACUGUAUAAUGUUGGAAUGCCUUAGUCUUAAUGAUAAUGAAUUAGUAGAACUUCCUAAGAAUAUCCACAAGCUUAAAAAUUUAAGGACACUCCAUGUAAACAGAAAUAGUAUAUUAAAAAUAACGGAAGAUAUCUCACAUCUUAAUAAUCUGUGCAGCCUUGAAUUUUCAGGAAAUGUAAUCACAGAUGUUCCCAUUGAAAUAAAAAACUGCAGAAAAAUGACUAAAGUUAAUUUGAGCUAUAACAAAAUAAUGUAUUUUCCAGUGGGACUGUGUGCUUUGGAUUCACUUUAUUAUUUGAUUUUUAAUGGCAAUUAUAUUUCAGAAAUACCUGUGGAUAUAUCUUUCAGUAAACAACUGCUUCAUUUAGAGUUUAAUGAAAACAAACUCCACCUAUUUUCUGAGCACCUGUGUUCCCUUAUUAAUCUUGAGUACCUGAAUCUUGGUAAAAAUCAAAUAAGUAAAAUUCCACCAUUUAUUUCCAAUAUGGUAUCACUCCAUGUACUUAUUUUAUGCCACAAUAAAUUUGAAACUUUCCCUACAGAAUUGUGUGCUUUAGAAAAUUUGCAAGUACUUGAUCUUUCAGAAAAUCAAAUGCAGACAAUCCCUUCGGAUAUCUGUAACUUAAAAGGAAUUCAGAAAUUAAACUUUUCAAGCAAUCAGUUUGUAUGUUUUCCUAUUGAAUUGUGUCAUCUUCAAUCACUGGAAGAGCUGAAUAUAAGUCAGAUAAAUGGGAGAAAGUUAACAAGACUUCCAGAAGAACUGUUUAAUAUGAUUCAACUUAAAGAACUUGAUAUCUCAAAUAAUGCAAUCAGAGAGAUUCCAAGGAAUGUAGGGGAAUCGAGAUGUUUGGUUAGUUUAAACGCAUGCAACAAUCAAAUAAGUUGUCUGCCACCAUCUUUUCUAUUUUUAAAUGAUCUCCAGCAACUAAACUUGAGUGGAAAUAAUCUGACAGCUCUCCCUAGCGGUAUCUAUAAUCUUUUUUCGCUGAAGGAGAUAAAUUUUGAUGACAACCCUUUGCUGAGACCUCCAAUGGAAAUCUGUAAAGGAAAACAGCUGUAUACCAUUGCACGCUAUCUGCAGAGGUCAGAUGAAAGAGAUGAGAAAAUCUUAGAGAAGAUCUUCGUAAUAAUUGCCAACCACAUCACUGAAACACAUUUUGAAUUUUUGUGUCAAAAACUAAAGCUGGCAAACUUAGGAACUAAUACCCAUAGCAAUUUUACAUUAAGUGAAAGAGUCCACCAAGCUCUUCAGUUAUGGAAAACAGAAAGUAAUAAUUUGUCACUGUCUGCAGCUGCUUUAAGAGACCAGCUGAUCCGGACACUAACUAUGAUAGGAGCUUAUGAAAUUACGGACAAAAUCACAGCCUUACAACUUUUUACACGUGCAAUUAAAUUCUAAACAGUAGAUGCAUAAUAAAAACUGAGAGUUUAUGAUGUGCUUAUAUAAUUGGAACUGAAUUUUUUGAUCAUCUCACUUUAUCAUACAAGACCCUCUUUAUGCACUCCUAAGAGAUUAUCACAAUUGACAGUUGCCACUCUAAUGUAAUAGUAGAAUGUUACAGACACUGUUUUGUGCCUUGAAAUGAUGAUCUUGAAUUUGAAAAAGAAAUAAUUCCAUUAAAAAAUUCUUUGUUAUAUAAUGCUUUUAUACAACUCAAGAUUUAUAGGUAAUAAGGGGUUAGAAAGUAGGGCCGUUUCUUUUUAAGAUACUGACUUAAGAACUGAAAUGAAUGUACCCAUCCCUACUUUUUCUCCAUUAGAUGUUGGACAGAUUUGUUAAACAUAAAGCAGAGCCACAGCCACCAAUGCUCUAACUGAGCAUCCAGACACGAGUGGUAGAGUGGCCAUCUGUUGUCUUACCUUCCACAUCUAGAAAGGCAGAGUCCUCUUCUGCUCUCAGGAAUAAUUCUGUAUUCUUAGUGGGCGUCUCAGAGAAUCUAUCUUGUCAUACCCCUAGGCAAUGGCUCAGCUGGUGUAUAAAUACAGGCUACUUUUACUUCUCCACAUUUAUUUCUUCUCAAAUAUGCUGUGUAAUCUAGCCUCAACUGUGGCACAUUCUCCUUUUUAUCCUUCUUUAUUCAAUCUUUAAUCCCAACCUAAACAUCAGAAAGGAGGAGUCAGAUCCCUUCAAAGUCAGGCUGGCAUGAUGCUGUCACCACCAUUUAUUCCAGCUUUUCAAAAGUGGGGUACAUGUGUUUGUGUCUAAGUGUCCCCUACCCUUUACAAACACAAACACAAAGGCAUAGUAGGUAGUAUGUAUGUAUGUAUUACCUUCCCAAUUUCAAGGCUUUU